GCGGGCUCCGGCGUUGCAUAACCGCGAGGCGUCCCUCCCCCUCAAACUCGCUCCCAGCCCCUUACCCCUCGCCCAGCCGCAGCACUUAGAGCGGAUCCCAGGCAUUAGUCCCAUUCGCCCGCUUCGCAGAGUCCACGGCAGAGCGGGGGGGCUGAACGCCGAGAUUUCCCCCUCUAUGCUGUUCUCCCCCAUCACUGCCCGUGGGGCUCGGGCCCCAGCACCCGCCCCCGCCUCCGCCCCUUGCGCUCCCCGCCCCUCGGAAGCACGGGUCGCUGCGCCUGGGGCUCGGGAAGGGCCACUGCCUGAGGACACGGCACGGCGGGUACUGCUGGAGGCAUGUCCACGCGCCACCGCCGGGGCUGCUGUGGCCAGCGCGAGAUGGUCUACAGUAACCCGUGUGCCAGGUAGCAUUGUAUGCCAAUCUUGAAUGCCAACGGGAAGUCACUGGACAGCAAACUCUUCCAAGAUCAUAACUGGGCUGUUGGAGUAACUUGGAAAAAAAAAAGAAUUGAAAGCAUGACAAAAGUUAAUAGAACUCGGUCCAUCUCCCCUCCAGAUGGAGGGUGGGGCUGGAUGAUUGUGGCUGGCUGUUUCCUUGUCACCAUCUGUACCCGAGCAGUAACCAGAUGUAUUUCAAUUUUUUUUGUGGAGUUCCAGACAUACUUCACUCAGGACUAUGCACAAACAGCAUGGAUCCAUUCCAUUGUAGACUGUGUGACCAUGCUCUGUGCUCCACUUGGGAGUGUCGUCAGCAACCAUUUAUCCUGUCAAGUGGGAAUCAUGCUGGGUGGCUUGCUCGCAUCUACUGGUCUGAUCCUGGGCUCCUUUGCCACCAGUCUGAAGCACCUCUACCUCACUCUGGGAGUUCUUACAGGUCUUGGAUUUGCACUUUGCUACUCUCCAGCCAUCGCCAUGGUUGGCAAGUAUUUCAGCAAGCGGAAAGCCCUUGCUUACGGGAUCGCUAUGUCGGGAAGCGGCAUUGGCACGUUCAUCCUGGCCCCUGUGGUUCAGCUCCUUAUAGAACAGUUUUCCUGGCGGGGAGCACUACUCAUUCUCGGGGGCUUUGUAUUGAACCUCUGUGUCUGCGGUGCCUUGAUGCGGCCAAUUACUCUUAAAGAGGACCCUACGACUCCAGAGCAGAACCAUGUCUGUAGAACUCAGAAACAAGACUUUCAGCGUGCAUCUCCCUGUUCAAUUUUGAGUAAAGAAUGGAUGCAGACCUGCCUCUGUUGCUCUCUGCAGCAAGAAUACAGUUUCUUACUAAUGUCCGAUUUUGCCGUAUUAGCCAUCUCUGUUCUGUUUAUGGCUUACGGCUGCAGCCCUCUCUUUGUGUACUUGGUGCCUUACGCUCUGAGCGUUGGAGUGAGUCCUCAGCAGGCCGCUUUCCUUAUGUCCGUGCUCGGGGUGAUUGACAUCGUUGGCAAUGUCACGUUUGGAUGGCUAACUGACAGAAGGUGUCUGAAGAAUUACCAAUAUGUUUGCUACCUCUUUGCCGUGGGACUAGAUGGACUCUGCUAUCUCUGCCUCCCACUGCUUCAAACUCUGCCCCUGCUCGUGCCUUUUUCUUGUACCUUUGGCUACUUUGAUGGUGCCUAUGUGACUCUGAUCCCAGUCGUGACUGCAGAAAUAGUGGGGACCUCCUCUCUGUCGUCAGCCCUCGGUGUGGUGUACUUUCUUCACGCAGUGCCCUAUUUGGUGAGCCCACCCAUUGCAGGGUGGCUGGUAGAUAUGACGGGCAGCUACACUGCAGCGUUUCUCCUCUGCGGAUUUUCAAUGAUAUUUAGUUCUCUGUUGCUUGGAUUUGCUAGACUUGUCAAGAAGAUGAAAAAACCCCAGCUGCGGCUCCUUGCCAAAGAAUCUGACCCCAAGCUGCAGCUAGGGACCAAUGGAUCGGUGGCGUAUUCUGUAGCAAGUGAAUUAGAUCAGAAAGACGGGGAAUCUGUGUCUCUUGCCAUGCCUGGUUACAACCCCACGUGACCAAUGGCCUUGAGCCUGGGAAUCUGUACGCUGAGAGAGACGGGACGACUGGAUUGUAUAUACUGCUAAAGCAUUUUAUUUUGGCAGAAGAAUUGCCUUCCAAGGAAAUUAUUAUUGUUUCAUUAACAUAUUUAUACAGGGAAAUAGCAAAUAACCAAGCAAGCUGGGCUGGCUCAGAGUUUCCUCCUUUGGGAUUUGUAUUCACAAUAGAACUCACAUCUUUCGGGCCGUGAGCAUCACUCCACGGAGAACUUUACAACAUAGCUGAUACAAUUAGCUGGAAGGUAUGACCAAAGCAGAUGACACUGGGCAGCAGCUUUGUCUCCAACUCUCUGUCCCCCCAUCUUUCCCCUUUAGUUAGAAAGGUAAAGGGAAGCAUUGAUUGAUAUGUAGGUUUGCUUACUUUAUGCUGCUUGGAGAAGGGGGUCAGCUUAGGUGUGGUAGUGGAAGGUGAAGAUACCAAACUUUUUCAUAGUGGAGCUUCUCAUUAGGGUUAUAAACAGGGCUGUUGAAGAACAGAUUCUUCAAAAGGCAGUGAUUAAUACAGAAUGGAAGUGACUGUCUCCCCUCUGCUCCCCCGCCCCUCCUCCUUAGCUACCCCUUGCUUUUGGCAAUGAGUAGGCACCACUUUGUGAAUCCCAGGAAUCAUGGAACGCCAUGGUUGGAAAUGAUCUUAAGGGUGGCUGGUAACAUCUUCUUUUUGGAAUUGUGAACUGGAAACUGAAAGCUUUUUCCUGUUUCUAUCAUAUACAAUACUUUGUUCAAAUUUAACAUAACGUACCAAUUUGCAAGGGCCAUUUCUACCUGAAAUGUAACACCAACACUUUCCAUUUUUUUCCUUGGGAAAAAAGCUCUUUUUUAAAUUGCAGGCACAAUUCUGUUAAGGAAAGGAAAAAUGUUGGCAGUAUCCCAAUGGCCAGGAGUUGAAUUCCUGAAUCAGCAGUCUUCUGGUGAGAGUUUUCUUUUUCAGAUCAGACAUUUAGGUUCAUCAUGACUCAAAACAGGACUUGGGGGUUUUGCCUGAAAAUAUUAUUCUAGAGAUAUUUUAAAGGUGAGAUUCCUUUCUCCCUGUGUUACUUCCUGCUCAAUUAUCCACUAUUCAUCUCUUCAUGGAUAAUUAUUAGAAACUUGGUGGACCUUUUCAGCAGAGUGAUAAGGCAUCAGGGGUCAACCUCAGUAUCAUAGCACUCUCAUAAAUUAUAGCUUUGGUCAGGGGAGAGGGAGGAGAAAAUUAAGAAGGCUAGUGAUGUGAUAUUUUACUAGCCCUGGCCAUGCAGUUCAGUUAGUUAGAGCGUUGUCCUGAUACACCAAGGUCACGGGUUCGAUCCCUGGUCAUAGCACAUAAGAAUCAACCAAUGAAUGCAUAAAUAAGUGAAAUAACAAAUCAACAUUUCUCUCUCUAAAAAAAAUCAAUCAAAAUAAAAAAACAAGAAAGCUAGUGGUGUGAUAUUUUAUAGUUUAUAGAACUUUUUCACAUAUAUUAGCAGAUUGGAUUAAAACAGUUUACUAAUUUCCCAAGUAUGCUCCUUUCCAGUGGUCUGGGAUAAUUUCUGUCUUCAGACUGAAUGAAAAGGGAAGGCAUGGGUAGAGAAGAGAUGGCCAGAUCCUCCAGUCUAUCUCUAACCAUUUUAAAUACACAGAAUGAUAAUUCUGAAUGCCAAAAUAUGUUUCAUUUGCACAUAGGGGCACAUCAUACAAUUGAAAAGGGAUUUGAAUUAUUUAACACAUUUAAAUCUGAACUUCAAGCUAAUAUUUUGACCCUGAUGGCCAUUUAAUCCACUGUCCCCCAAGAGAUCUCACAAAUCCUCUGCCAGAGGUACUGAGAGAAAAGACACAGCAAUGAGGGAGAUUCUAAGCUAAGCAUGUUCAGCAAGAGUCUUUGUCUAUACUGGAUUAUUUCAUAAAAUUACAUAUUAAUACAUUGCUUUCAGAAUAAAAUAAUGACCUGAUUUUUAAGGAGAUUUUAUUUUUAUUUACUUUUAGAAAAAGGGGUAGCAAGGGAGAGAAACAUCAAUGUGUGGCCUUGAGCCUCUUGAGCACCCCACACUGGGGAACCUGGCCUGCACAACCCAGACAUGUGCCCUGACUGGGAAUCGAACCAAUGACUCCCCAGUUCACAGGACCACACUCAAUGCACUGAGCCACAGCAGCCAGAGCCUGACUUGAUUUGAUGGGAGAAAACUAAUAUUUCUUAGUUAUUUUCCAAAGAAAUUUGAAUGGUUACUUUUUAUCUUGUUACUUAGUCUGAAAAUUUAGUUUUGUGCUUUGUCAUUUGUAAUUUUAAAACAAUAUUUGGAAAAUAUCUGUAAAAAGUCAAAGUUAAAAAUGAAGUUAUAUAUGUUUAGAAUAGCACUUUACUCUAAAUGUCAUUUCUUAAACCUUCAAGUCUAAAGAUUUUUUGAAAUCUAAACUGUUAUUAACAUGAUUAUAUAUCUAUUUUCCUAGUAGUGAUCAUAGUAAAAUUUUAUCUGGUCCUGAAAUAUAAUUUCUCUAAAGUAUUAUAACUAUUUAUGAAAAAUGAGAGAUCAGAGCUUUAAAAAAUUGUAUAAAAUAUUUGGGAUUUUUUUAUUUUAUACAUGCAUAAAUUUGUAUUUUAUUUUCCUUUUGGGGACAGCAUUUUUAAAGAACCAGUAGAAAAAUGCAGAUCUUAGAGAUGAUCAUUGUCAUCUACACAAAAUGUUUCUAUUAAGGUUACAUGUUAUUUUAAAAUGGAGGGGUUCAUGAAAGUGAUAUGUUUUAUGGAAUCAAGAAGAAAAUUGUUUAUCGCUGUGAGCGCUACUCUGACACUGACGGAUAGGAAAGCAAAGGAAACUAAGUACUGUAGAUACACUCUACCGUUCAGCCUCUUUUUCCAACGGUGAUUUCUCUAAUUGAGCUGAAAUUUGUACUAAUAUUUUCUUAUUUAAAAGCUUAAUAAAAUGAGUUUACAGUUAUA